UCUCCAGAGCUCGCUGGGGCCGAGGCAGGGACGGGCAGCUGCGGCCACUGAGGCAGGGCAGGGCAGACCGGGCGGCAGCGCACAGAGCGGACAGCACACAGGGCGGACAGCGCACAGGGCGGGCGGACAGCGCACAGGUGGCGGCCCGGGCACCAUGGCCAGCGAGUUCAAGAAGAAGCUCUUCUGGAGGGCCGUGGUGGCCGAGUUCCUGGCCAUGAUCCUCUUCGUGUUCAUCAGCAUCGGCUCGGCGCUGGGCUACAACUACCCGGUGCAGGGCAACAAGACGUCGGGGGCGCCGCAGGACAACGUCAAGGUCUCGCUGGCCUUCGGCCUCAGCAUCGCCACGCUGGCGCAGAGCGUGGGCCACAUCAGCGGCGCCCACCUCAACCCAGCCGUCACCCUGGGGCUGCUGCUCAGCUGCCAGAUCAGCGUCCUGCGCGCCCUCAUGUACAUCGUGGCGCAGUCCGUGGGCGCCAUCGUGGCCACCGCCAUCCUCUCGGGCAUCACCUCCAGCCUCCCUGGCAACACCCUGGGGCUCAACGGGCUCGCCAAGGGAGUCAAUUCCGGCCAGGGCCUGGGCAUCGAGAUCAUCGGCACCCUGCAGCUGGUGCUGUGCGUGCUGGCCACCACGGACCGCCGGCGCCGCGACGUCACCGGCUCGGCGCCCCUGGCCAUCGGGCUCUCCGUGGCGCUGGGCCACCUCCUGGCGAUUGACUACACUGGCUGCGGCAUCAACCCCGCUCGCUCCUUCGGCUCGGCCGUCAUCGCCAACAACUUCGAGCACCACUGGAUUUUCUGGGUGGGGCCGUUCAUCGGGGGCGCCCUGGCCGCGCUCAUCUACGACUUCAUCCUGGCCCCGCGCAGCAGCGAGCUCACGGACCGCAUGAAGGUCUGGACCAGCGGCCAGGCGGAGGAGUACGACCUGGACGCCGACGACCUCAACUCCCGGGUGGAGAUGAAGCCCAAGUAGAGGCGGCCGCCCGGAGCGGGGGCGGGGCGCGACGGGCCGGGGGGCGGGGGCGGGCUGGGGGAGAUCUCUGUCGUAGCCUCACGCAGCGGACGCGGGCCGGCCGGGCCUCCGGGCGCCGGCCUCCGGCUGUCUCCGCAGCUUUCUUUCUCUUAACUUGCCUCCUCUUUCUCGCGCUGGGUGCUGAGGUCCGCACGGGGGUGCUCGCUCCCCCGAGACUGGGACGCGGGCCGGGGAAGGGAGCGCUUCCAAGCAGCUCCCCCUCCCCGGCCGCGGACUGUUGAAGGGCAGGGGGCCGGGCAGCCGAGGGGUUUGCCGCUGGGAGGAGAAGGGGGGGGGGCGCCUGCCGAGCUCUCCGGCCCCAGUUUCCCGCAGACCCGCCCCUUGCUCCAAAUUCUGUCAUCUGAGGGAUCUCGGCUUUCCCGUCUGUGAGAUGGGCGCACUGGACGAGAUGCUCUCCGCCAUGUCUUGGAGCACAAUCCCCCUCCAUCUCCGACCCCGGCUCCCCCUGCACAAUUCUUCCCUCUGGAAGGAUCGCGGGGAUUUCGGCCUCCGCUUCCUUUUGCCAGUGUAGACCAGACCAAGCUCACCGUAAGGUCCCCCCGCCCACGAGGAUGUGGGCCCUGCCCCGUAGCCUUAGGCCGGGAGGCCCGAAUGGCCUUGUCCGGGGCCUGUCGGUCCGCCGGGAGCCGGUCCAGGCCGUCCCGGGGCCUCGGGGGCUGCUCUCCCAAGGGCUCAGCGGGAGUCAGGGCCAUAGCGACCGCUCAGGCAGCCCCUCCCCCAGGCUCCCAGAGCCCGCAGCCCGGGGGGGAGGGCCCCCUCCCCGCGCCCCCAGCCGGGCCCCCACAUCCCCAGGCACCGGGAGGAGCCCCCAGGCCGGGCCCCAGGGUGACAGCACCCAGCACUGCAGGCUUUCCCUUUGCUGCUGCGCACUUUCUCACAUAUACACGCGCGGUUCUGACAGACGAGGCCGCGGAGACGGGGCCGGGGCGGGCAGGGACGGGGACCGGAGCUUUGGGCGCCGGUUCUCCCCCCAGGCCCGGCCAGAGGCGGGCCGUGUGCAGCCUGUUCCCUCCCCUGGCCGGGGCCGGGGCAGAAGCGGGGCCUUGUGGCCCCCCUUGCUCACGCCCGGCGGCCUGUCUCUGCCCUGGGGCAGCUUCUGCCUCCUUGGGCUCCGAAUCUCACGAACAAUAAAGGUGUAUGACUCGAA